CCUCACCGGGGGUAAUCGAUCGGAGUAGUAAUGGUAAUGGAGAACGGGGAAGGGAAGGGAGACCUCACCGGGGCACGCCGGCAGGGGCUCGCCCAAAUCGGAGGGAAAUGGCGACGGGGAACGGCGCUGGGGAAGAUGGCAACGACGACGGGUCUGGGGAAGAUGGCGACGGCGCUGGGGAAGCUGAAGUGCAGUCCAGAUGCGACGGCGACAGAGCUGGGGUAGAUGGCGACGGCGCUGGGGAAGAUGGCGAUGGCGACGACACUUUUUGUCUCCAGGCUCUCCACGAAGAAGAAGAUGGUGAAUGAAAUUUCAAAUUUGGGAAUUACGGUUCUGCCCGACCCCGACCCACCUUCCCCUUUAAUUUUCGGUCUUUUAGUUUUUAAUUUUUUUUAAUUACACCAACCGACCGAAUGUAAAAACCGGACGAACGGUUCGAGCGGCUCGAGCCGUUAACCGCUUCGGCCGCUCGCCGGCCGCCCCAGAGAACCAGUCCGGCUAAAUAGCUGAUCCGAGCCGGUUUUGUGCCUGGUUGGCGGUUUUGGCGGCUCGGCCGGCCGACUCGGCUCGGCUUUCACAACACUGCUUUAGAGAAUGAUGGUAUAGGUUUCACUCAUAAAGACUUAUUACCAUA